AUGUGGCGAAGUGUACCUAGUGGCUCCACUCAUUACACCUCUGAUGGUUUCACCUUUGAGACACCUGAGUAUAGUGUAUUGGAAUCACAAUUUGACACACAAGACUCGCCACCUAGAGAUUGUAAUAGAUUUUGGAUUGGCCUUCUAGCCCAAGAACAAGAAACAUUUCUUCAACCUAACCGGUCACUGCCUCAGAUUCUCAGAAGCACGACAUUCACAGGCACCUCCAGGAGCUCUUCAACAUCGCAAACUCUUGCACGUUUACUUCUCCAACUCCCAAAGCUUCAAACUUUUCAGUGA